AUGUGCCCCGUGAUAUGGACCUUCGCGUGUGGCCAUGUAUUGCAAGGUACUGGCCCUGAAAGGUUCCCACCAAGGACCACCAGUCUCACCUCCCCUCAUGCGUGCCCAGCCUGUCAACUUAGCGCCAUCCCAGCCACCGACCAACUCAAAGAGGAACUGGCUCGAGAAUUCGAUAAUCAUAAGCAAACUUUAUCCUUUCUCGAGAAAGAACUCGAUCUCCAUCGAGACCAAGUCAAGAAUGUCAACGUGGACAACAAAGAGAUGAACGCAUAUCUGGAUAGGAUCGGGCCGUUCCUCAUGUGGUCGUGGGCCAAGAUGGUUGCAGACUUCCAUGUUAAGAUGUGGACGCAUCCACGCGUCGAAGUUUUCCGCGAUUGUUUAAGGUCCACGAUGAUGCAGGAUAUCCAAUCUGUUAUCAUGGCAGUGGAUGCUAUGGCCAAGGCUAAUAUCUUAGAGCAUAAACAUGGAUCUACUAAAUUAGACGAUGAGGAUAUAAUCAUCCUCGGUCGCAAGCUACCCAACAUUCUUGCUCAGCAUGAAAGCAACCCUGAAGUCGGACUCGACGAACGAGAAAAAGAAUUGAUUGAAGCUUGGAAGACGGUAUUGGCUUUGAUAAAGAAGGCGGACGUUGGGGUUUGAGGGACUUGUCAACGGCUAGAGCCUGAAAUAAGCGAAAAUAGGGGUGUGGACCUUUGGCCAGCUAUGAAAAGGCACCCA